CUUCACUUUCUUUUCUUCGCUGCUUCUUUUUCCUUUCACAUCAAAGCUUUAAUUAAUCGAUUUCCUCCACCCAGCUAACAUUUUUUAUAUAGAUAGAAUUAUGCUGGAAAAUGGAGCGCAUUGAAAGCUUAAUGGCGGCCAUUUAUCUUGAAGUUCACUACUCUAUGCUGGCUAUUUGAGCACCCUUUUUAACUUUUCUACUCUCCAUACUUGCAGAUAUCAUCUAUGCUAUGCGACAAUUGCAGAUCAUCGAUCGGGUUUCUUAGCAGUGGAAGGCGAGGAUUCAGAGGCUUCUGCAGUAAGAUCUGAGGUUCAGUUGUAGCGGUUUGUGAAUUCCAGGGAAGGUUGGGCUUCUGUGCUUCUUGCCGAUUCCUCCAUCAAUUUCAAAUUUGUGGUCUUACCGGACAAGUAAAUAAAUCUCUGUAACGGGACUAGUUGCUACACAACAAUUGUUGAUCAGAGGAAGAGAAAGUUAUUAUGCAGGCAGAUCAGUCCAUCAAUAUGUGGUCAGGAGGAGUUAAAGGGCAUUCCUUUGGAACUCAUUUUGACUCUAACACUGCACUUUCUGCUGCUGCUAGUUUUUCUGCUGCUUCUGGGGAUUUGAACUGUUGAUCUCGGCGUUUACCUCAGAGGGCACCGGCUCCAGCUCUAAUAAAGGCUGCCGUUCCAUGGUCUGUCAAUAGGGGGGCAUUAUCGGAGAAGGAUAAAGUUCUCAAAACUGUUAGAGGGAUACUCAAUAAGCUGACUCCAGUAAUGUAUGAUGUUCUUAAGGAGCAACUUAUAAAUGUAGAGAUUACCACAGCAGAUAUUCUGCAGGGAGUGACAUCACUUAUAUAUGAGAAGGCAGUGUUGGAACCAACAUUCUACCACAUGUAUGCCAUAUUGUAUCAGGAUCUGAGUACUGCAUUACCCCAAUUCCCUUCUGAUGAUCCAGAUGGAAAACCUAUAUCUUUCAGGCGGAUUUUUAUUACUAAUUGCCAAGAAACAUUUGAAGGUGCAGAUAAUUUGUGGGCUGAGACCAAACAGAUAACAGUCCCAGAGCAGGAAGCUGAACACCAAGAGAAGGAGAGGAUGGUUAAGCUUCGCACUUUGGGAAACUUAAGGCUUAUUGGAGAGCUUUUCAAGCAAAAUCUGCUACCUGAAAAACUUGUUCAUCACUGUGUUCAGGAAUUAUUAGAUGAGGGUUUUAAAUCUCCUCUAGCUGAGGAGAAUGUGGAGGCUCUUUGCCUGUUGUUCAAUACAGUUGGAAAACAGCUUGAGAAAAACCCUCAGUCAUGUAUCAUCAAUGAUAAUCAUUUUGCUCGGAUGAAGAAGCUGAGUAAUAAUCCUCACUUGGCAUCUAGAACGAGGUUUAUGGUUCUUGAUGUUUUAGAUUUGCGUGCUAACAAAUGGAUUCCAAAAUGUGAAGAGAUUGUUAAUCCUCACUUGGUGUCUAGAAUGAGGUCUACAGUUGGUGAUGUUUUAGAUUUACGUGCUAAUAAGUGGAUUCCUCAAUGUGAAGAGAUUAAAGCAAAAACCUUAAAUGAAAUUCAUUCCAAAGCUGAACAAAGGCUAGGUUUAAGGCCUGGAACAUCUGACAUUCGUAAUGGGUGUGGUGCACCUGGCAUUCAUUUAAAUGCAGGGAGCAAUCUUAGUGUUAGACGGCCAGGGAGAACAAUGCCUGGAAUGUCUGCUAUGCCUGGAACUCGCAAGAUGCCAGGUAUGUCUGUAAUAGAUCCUGAUGGAUGGGAAUUGUUUCCUCGCAGUCAAAUCGGCAGUAAAACUGAAGCUUUGGUGUCAUCCCCUGUUAGAAAUACUGGUCAAGGAGGUACACAAGUACCAGAUUUAAAGCCUUCAGUAGGUAAUGCUAAAUUGUUGCCACAAGACACCUGAGGGUUUCUUACUGGUAAAUCAAGUGCAUUCUUGCAGAAUUUGGCUGCUAGGCCAUCUUUGGUGCCCAAUGUAGGAACGCACAAGCCUCUUGUUCAAGGUCCAUUUGGAGGACCUAGAUCUUACAAUCCUCCAGGAGUUUCUAAAGUUGAACUGGAAAAAGAUAGAUUUUCAGCACCCCUUCCUGCUACUGAAAGGCCUGUGCCAACAGGAAAACCACCAAAUGAUUUACCUAAGAAUACAAUAUCAUUGUUGGAGUAGUAUUUUAGUGUUUGUGAUACUAUAGAAGCAAAGCUUUGUGUUGAGUUAAAGUGGUCUACUUAUUCCUGGAUUUGUCGACCAAGCACUUUUAUUGGCAAUGGAAAAGGGUCGAAUCAAUUAUAAUUAUUGUACAGUAUCUGUAUUCUCAAAAAGCACUUUCAGAUAUAAAGGACGGAAUAAUCCAUGUUGCUGAGAAUUGUGAUGAUAUCAUAUAACCAUUGACAUACCAUUAACACCAAGGUAUCUUGGGGAUAUAGUUGGAAAAUCCACCUUUGCAGGAGCAACAGAUCUGAAGUUGCUAAAGGAAGCCAUGUCAAAGGUGGAAAAAGUGCAGAUUAGGAUAACAAUUUUGGAAUCAGCCCAGUGAACUAGAGGACCAAUUUCAGCUCCGGAAAGAGUAUUGGAUGCUCAGUGGCCAUCUUGGAGAGCGAGAAUCUUAUUGCAUAUAAGAAACCCUCCUUGUUAACCUUCUGGUUUUGAAGGGUUUCAUAUGGAAAUGUGUUAUAACUUGACCUAUCUUAUUCCUUGUACAUUCAGGUAUAGUUUAGUUGAAUUUUAACUUUUAUCUAUUAAAAAUCUAAGAAAAGGAAUAUCAAAUGUUGUUAAUUAGAGUGCAGAAUACUCUUAAGGUGCUCUGAGAAACUCUUAAUGAACAUACACGAUUGUGGUACAGCUGGAUGAAUAUUUAAGGCACGUUUUAGUGUUUUCUGGUUU